AUGAAGAUGCCAGCUGGCUUGCGGCCAAGGGAACUCGCUGCAUUGGUCAGCAGCACGCCCCUCUUUCAUCCCAGGUGCCCCUCUUUCUUUCCCUCUUUCCCCUCUUUCCCUCUUUCCCUCUUUCCUCUUUCUUCCCUCUUUCCCUCUUUCUUUCCCUCUUUCCCUCUUUCUUUCCCCUCUUUCUUUCCCGGGCCAUUUUCAGCGGCGUCGCGGGAUGACAGCUGGGAAGCGCUGGAGCAGCAGUGUCGGCGCAUGGAGGCGGUGGGCUUGCGCAUCGACAAUAUCGACCUCACUUGCCUCGACGCGGACCCCACUCCGCAUUCCCCGCAGUCGGCGCAGUCCGCGCGGUCAGCGCGGUCGCUCGCGCUGGCCCGGCUUUCCGCCGCCACCGCCGACGCGCCGGCCAAUGGCCCUGACGGCGCGCCAGAAGUCGGGAAAACGCGCGAAGAAUCGUGGCGUGCGCCGACGGGGGAGCGGAAGAGCGAAUGGGGGGAGGCGGCGGAAGGGCAGGAAGCGGGGGAGGGGGCGCACGUGAAAUACGCUUUCAGCUUAGUUCCUACGCCCCGCGCAAAGCGCGAUGAAAACCCCCAAUGGUCAGACGAUUCGGUACAGCUGCAGCAUUUCGAAGGAUCGGAUUUGCCGCGGCCUCGUGCCCCUUCGUUAGACGGCGGCGCUGACGUGGCAGAAUCUGAAGGCUCUCUCGAUUUCGCCGCGAUAUUUCCUAAUGGCACGCGCGAUAGAGUCACACUGCCUACGGAUGCUCCCCCGCCGUCCGCGCCACCUGCGUUGGUUUCCGCAGCAGGGUCAAUCCACAAAGGCUUCCUACUCCCCCACCUCCUCCACUUUCCACUCCUUCGCCUCCCCUGCUUGCGCCUCCCCUGCUUGCAUCUCCCCCGUCUGCGCCUCCCCACAUUGCGCUUCCCCCACCUCCGCCUCCCCCAUCUCCGCCACCCACGCUCCUCCCUUCCCCCCCACCAGGCCCAGGCCUGCCCGGCAACCUGCCCGGGGCGUUCACCGCAGGAGCAGUUCCCUUUCGGUGCUGACCGAGAAUCUGCCCGGGGUGCCACCUGCAGCCUGCAACUCUCCCUGCAGCAGCAUCAGGCCCGCACGCUCACACCUCUCCGCAUCCACUGUAGUCUCUCGACCGUCAGCAGAGAAACCCCCGACGCCGCGCAAGGCCUUAGUGGCCCCCAGGGGAAGGGCCGGUCUAUUUCUAAUAGAGAGUCUGGUUACAGGAGUAUGAGCAGCGAUAACGUGCUGGGGGAUUGGAGUGACAUUGAGGCAGAUGCUGAGUGGGUGGCGGUGGGAGGGAAGCAGGCGAGUGCAAGGGAGACUGGGGGGUUGGAUGGUGGUGGCAGUCCUAAUUUGAGUGGUUACGGGGGUAUCAGGGGUGGUGCUGCGGCACGUGAGGAUGUGAGGGGUGGCAGUGUGAGGGGUGGCAGUGUGAGGGGACAGGAGGAGGGUGUGAAGAGCACAAAGAGUGUGCUGAAGAAGAUGCUCUGGCGGUUCAAGUCUGGUCCUGCUGCGCAGGCAGCAGAUGAGUCUGCUAAGGAAAGAAUAGAACAGCAGGAGGAAGAGGAAGAGGAGAGGCAGGGUGAGCAGGAGCAGGAGAAGCGUGGGGUUCGCACUGUGCGUGUCUUUGCAGUAGCAGAGUGUUGA